UUUUUUUUAAUAUUUAGAAGUGAAAAAUGUUUCAGCCAAAUAUGUUUGAGAGCCACCAUCAUUUACUUGAUAUGUCACAUAAAUCACCAGAAAAUGAUUUGGAUUUACUUAGAGAUAAUGAUGAAUUUGAGAGCAAAUCAAUGGCAGAUAUUAUGGAAAAUAAUCCUUCUGGUGAUGAUCAAGAAGCUGAUCCUAAUCAACGUCCAAAUAAAAAGAAACGUUAUCAUCGUCAUACACAACUACAAAUUCAAGAAAUGGAAUCGUUUUUUAAAGAGUGUCCUCAUCCAGAUGAUAAACAGAGAAAAGAAUUAGGAAAAAGAUUAGGGUUAGAGCCUUUGCAAGUGAAAUUUUGGUUCCAGAACAAACGUACUCAAAUGAAGGCGCAACAUGAACGCCAUGAGAACUCAGAAUUGAGAGCUGAAAAUGAGAAGCUUCGUGCUGAUAAUAUAAGGUAUAAAGAAGCACUUGGCAAUGCUACCUGCCCUAAUUGUGGCGGGCCUGCUUCCAUUGGGGAAAUGUCAUUCGAUGAGCAACAUUUGAGGAUUGAGAACGCUCGUCUUAGAGAAGAGAUUGAUAGAAUAUCAGGAAUUGCUGCAAAAUAUGUUGGGAAGCCCAUGCUUACAUAUCCUAAUCUUCCUAUUGGCCCGACCCGUUCACUCGAUAUCGGUGUGGGUAGUUUUGGGCCUCAAACGGGCCUUGUUGGAGAAAUGUACAGUGCUGGUGACCUUCUAAGGUCAGUUUCAGGCCCAAUAGAUGCUGAUAAGCCCAUGAUCAUUGAGCUUGCUGUUGCAGCUAUGGAAGAAUUUGUCAGAAUGGCCCAAACUGGAGAGCCCUUAUGGAUUACAGGCCCAGAUAAUUAUAUGGAGACGCUAUGUGAAGAGGAAUAUGUUCGGACUUUUCCUCGAGGCAUUGGGCCUAAGUCUUUGGGCCUAACAACUGAAGCCUCACGAGAAUCUGCUGUUGUUAUUAUGAAUCACAUCAAUUUAGUUGAAAUCCUAAUGGACGUGAACCAAUGGACAAAUGUUUUUGCUGGACUAGUAUCAAGAGCAUUGACAUUAGAUGUCUUAUCAACUGGAGUAGCUGGAAACUACAAUGGAGCUUUACAAGUGAUGACAGCUGAGUUCCAGGUCCCUUCACCAUUGGUUCCAACGCGCGAAAAUUAUUUUGUGAGAUAUUGUAAGCACCAUGCUGAUGGAACAUGGGCUGUUGUUGAUGUCUCCUUGGACAAUUUACGACCUUCUUCAGUGUCACGCGGUAGAAGAAGGCCAUCGGGUUGUUUAAUUCAAGAAUUACCUAAUGGUUACUCCAAGGUUACAUGGAUUGAGCACGUUGAAGUGGAUGAUAGAGGUGUUCAUAACAUCUAUAGACCUCUUGUCAAUUCAGGCCUCGCGUUUGGGGCUAAACGUUGGGUAGCAACGUUGGAUAGACAAUGUGAACGACUAGCAAGUGCAAUGGCUAAUAACAUCCCAACAGGGGAUAUUGGAGUCAUAACGAGUCCUGAAGGCCGAAAAAGCAUGUUAAAACUUGCUGAGAGGCUGGUGAUGAGUUUUUGCGCUGGUGUUGGCGCCUCAACGGCUCAUACAUGGACUACAUUAUCUGGAAGUGGUGCUGAUGAUGUUAGAGUUAUGACUAGAAAAAGUAUUGAUGAUCCAGGGAGACCUCCUGGUAUUGUCCUCAGUGCAGCCACUUCAUUUUGGCUUCCUGUUCCUCCCAAGAGAGUCUUUGAUUUUCUCCGCGAUGAGAACUCUAGAAGUGAGUGGGAUAUACUUUCGAAUGGGGGGCUAGUUCAAGAAAUGGCACAUAUAGCAAAUGGUCGUGAUCCAGGAAACUGUGUAUCUCUGCUUCGUGUUAAUAGUGGAAAUUCGAGCCAGAGCAACAUGCUAAUACUCCAAGAGAGUUCAACAGACUCAACAGGAUCUUAUGUUAUUUACGCUCCAGUUGAUAUUGUUGCAAUGAAUGUUGUGUUGAGUGGUGGUGAUCCCGACUAUGUUGCUCUACUACCAUCUGGAUUCGCUAUACUUCCAGAUGGUGGCGGAGGAAUUGAUGUUGGUACUCGUGGAUCGCUUCUCACUGUUGCAUUUCAGAUUUUGGUUGAUUCUGUCCCAACUGCAAAACUCUCUCUUGGAUCUGUUGCAACUGUCAAUAGUCUUAUCAAAUGCACUGUUGAAAGGAUCAAAACAGCUGUAGCUUGUGACAAUGCUUGAUGAAAUAUCUAAGGUUGAUUUGAAGGAUGGAGGAGGAGUCAAGAACGAACCUCAAAAGUAAUCCUUUGUUAGCAAAUAUGGGAUUUGUUUGGGUGAAAAAAGGAAGCAAAAAAUUGGAAAUUUUGCUAGCAUGCAAAUGUAAUAGGUUCGGGUAUUGACUUCACAAGUUGAUGUAACUUUUGAAUAUGUUAACCAAACAAGUCCUUAUUUUACUUGAUCAUGAUCAAGCUUAAGAAAAAUUCAAUUUGAAGCUAAUUAUGUUAUUAGCAA